CUGUUUAGGCCUCGCCCUCGCCUCUGAUUGUAGAAGUGCCAGCGGCGUUCACGUCCGCGACACACUCGGAGGCAGCGGGGACGCGGGCCGGUUGCUCCACUCGGCGGCGCCCAUCGCCUUACUGAAGAGUGGCCUGCCUGCUGGCCGCCCAGACGAGGAAGAGAAACGAGCGCCGCUGACAUGGAGAGCAUCCUGGACCCCGUGGGGCCGUGGCACGUGCCCGUGCUGCUGUUCGGCACGCUGCGCGGCAUGCCGGCGUCGCUGUUCGUCAUGAGCCUCACAUUCAUGGCGCCACAGAGUCAGGACCACUGGUGUGAAAAGCCGGCGCACCUGAGGAACUGGACCACGCAGCAGUGGAGGAACUUGGCGUUGCCGCUGGAGACCAGCGAGGCUGGCAUCACGGCACCGAGCAGAUGCUACAUGCACGGAUGGGACGAACUGUCGCGGCUCGUCUCACUGCCCUUUCUCACCAGCGACGAUGCCCAGACGUUCAAUCAGACCACGCCGCACGUAGCGUCCGUUCCAUGCUCCAGCUGGGACUUCGACGACAGCUUUCACGAGAGGACCGUGUCUAGCGAGUGGAAUGUCGUGUGCGAAGACCUGUGGAUGCUGGACAUGUCGCAGUCGAUACUCAUGUUCGGUUUCAUGGUCGGCAACUUCGUCUUCUCUCAUAUGUCUGACUGGUGUGGUCGGCGGCCAGCCAUCUUCACCACGACACUUCUCUCGCUGGCGUCAGGAGUGGCCACGGCUUUCUCUAGCUCAUUCGCCUUCUUCAACGGGUUUCGUUUCCUGGCCUCGAUAGGACACGGGGGGCUCACAAACAUAGCCUACGCGAUAGCUAUCGAAUGUGUGGCACCGGGCAAGCGUGCAAUGGUGUCCAUGGUCCAGGAGACUGGCUGGGUGUUUGGCCUCAUGCUGUUACCGGGCAUCGCCUACUUGGUCACCAACUGGGUCCACAUACAGCUACUCAUAAGCGUUCCACUCGUCGUCAUGCUCAUCACAGCCUUUUACCUAGAUGAAUCACCAAGGUGGCUGUUCAUCGCCGAGAGAUCUGAUGAGGCAGAGAAACUGCUCUUGAAAAUCGCCGAAAGGAACAACAUCAAAGUCAAGGACAUAUCCAAAAUAGUGCUCCAAACGAAGGAGAAGGUGGAGCUUGAGAGAAAGAAGAGGAAAUCAUCUAUAGUCGACUUGUUCCGGAAGAGGAAAAUAGCGGUCAUCACGCUGGCUACUUAUGUACAAUUCGCCGUUGUAGUCUUGGUGUACUACGAUCUCAUCUACAAGAUCACUGACUUCGGCGGCAAUCCUUUUAUAAAUUUCUUCCUUGUGUCGUUGCUCGAGCUGCCCGUGAUGCUGGUCAACGUGCUGCUCAUCAACUAUGUGCCACGACGCGUCAUCUACUACCUGCUCUACAUUCCGGCCAUCCUCGUUUGUGGUGCACUCAUCUUCGUGCCACACCAGAUGGUGUGGCUCCAGCUGAGUCUGGUGAUGGUGGGUAAGCUGGCUGUCCACUGUGCUUACAGCACCCUGUGCGUCCACAUGACCGAGUGCUUCCCCACCGUGGUCAGGGCGGUGGCUCUGGGAAGCGCACUCACCGCCAGCAGAGUUGGCGCUAUCGUAGCGCCCUUCUUCAAGGACUUGGGAAGGCUCACACAUCCCUGGGUCCCUACUCUUGUCGACAUGGUUCUAGUCAUUGCUGCUCUGCUGCUGUCGCUAAUAGUACCUGAAACUUUCCGCAAGAAUCUACCAGACACAUUCAAGGACACGCUACGGCUUCGCGAGAAGGGCGUAGUCGACGUUCCAACUGAAACGGAGCUAUUUGACGACGAAGAGGACAGCGAGAACACUGCCUGACAACCUCGCAAGCCCCGGAUUGUGCCAAUCUAUAUCUAUGAGACUCUGCUGAUCUAGUCUGUGCAAUGACGGUUGCUGUUGUGUGAAAACGACAGCUGUAUUCGUGCGUGUUUUAGCCGCACUUUGGAAGGACUAUGUCCCGCUGAUACAUUACCAGUGGUACUGCCUGCAUUCAUAGGUCCUUUAGUAUUGUUUAUUCCUAGUUCACCGUAGGAAAGCUGACUGCUACAGCGCAGUCUGCCUUGAAUGGCGAAAACAAAACAUGGUUUCUUCCAAGCUCAUCGUCUUGCAUGCUUGACCAGUAAAUACAGUGCAUAAGUAUAACCAACUGCACAAAUUUAUAAUCAAGAUUUUUCUUAUUAAACGAGGACACAUUCGUUGUUUUCCUUAUGGUUGAAAUAUCCUCGUUUUACAUUAUUUAUGCCUAAAUAUAUCAACCUCUUGUUACAAUAAAUGGUUUCUAGUAAUA